AUGUCUAUCCGUUUAUUCUCAUUCCAUCUCCCCCUCUUGCUGGAUAGGAAAAGAUCUAUGGGGCAGAUUGGGUUGCACACGAAGGAGUCUUUCAACGGUGAGGACUUUAUGCCUGUUUCUACUCCAUUUAAAGGGGCAAUACAAAAGGCCGAUCAGGCACCUUCCGACAGCGAUUCCGAAUCUACCAGUUCCGUUGACCGCGUUUCUCAUGCCACAAAUUCCUCACAAGUUGAUUCCCAGGUCGGUGAUGGGCUCAAUGACCCGAAGGAAGUGCUAGAGGGCACAUUUGAGGACGAAAAUUGGGAGAGGGUCUCCGAUUUUGCUUGCAAUAUAACAGGAGCGGCAAGAAAUGCCUUGUUGAAUAGAAAACAUGUCGAGAAAGUAGUUGCCGUCAUCACCUAUUGGGAGACCUCGAACAAACUAGAACACCUCCGAAAACAUGCUGAUCAGCUGAGCAGACAUUUCAAGGACUCGUUCAAGUUCGACGUCUUAGUUUACAAGAUUCCAGACAAUAUCACCGACCUGGAUUUCGUUGGAACCAUUGGCGGUGAGCUGAAAAAAGUCUUGAAAGAUCCAGACAGCUUGUUCAUCUUAUACUACGGAGGGCAUGCGUCCAUGAAAGAACUGUCGACUGAACGGUCGUGGAAGAAAGAGCAAUAUUCCACGUCACCUGAGAUUGAAUGGUCGUCGGCGAUGCGGAUACUUUUCAAGAAAGAUGUGGUUUGUAGCACACUCUUCAUCUUCGACUGCUGUCAUGCUGGAGGGAUGAUCGAUCAAACAUUGCCAUGGAACACAUCCUGUGAGUUACUCGGCGCCUGCGCAGCCGAUGUACAAGCCUCCUUGGAAAUUUCUUCAUUCACAAAGGCCGUCCUCGAGGAGGUAUCGAACAACACCUACGACGUCUGGGAGCUGCAUGCCGCCUUAUGUGACACUGACAAACGAAGACAUCACAACCUAAAAGAAUUUCCCUAUUAUACAGGCUUUAUAGGUCAUGACCGUCCACCUACUUCGACACUCAUCAAGAAAGUGGGGUCUCAUGAUGGAUCUGAGGAUCGACCACGGACCUCUUCCGAUAUGUUGGCCCGUCUGGAAACAAUAUCGGACGCGGUAAUUUGCAUCGCUGUCACCUUCAAGUGCACUGCGGAAGUGUUCAUGAAAGAAUUCGAGGCGGUUGAGAAGGACUGGAGACGGUGGUUCAGAUUUGCGCCAACCCAAUGCGACGAUAUCAUCGUCAAAGCAUGCCGUGGCAAGAAGUUGAUUGCUGCCUUCGACAGCAACUCCUGCAUCACAAUAUGGUCAUUUCCCGUCUGGCUUUGGGACGCCAUGACCCCGCUCAAAGGUUACCAGCAAAUUGGUAUUAUUCGUCCACAAAAUCUCGCGCUCGCUGCAGCAAAUGCACAGCCUGAUCUUGCAGUGCCAGAUCCCUCAUCCAAUAUGGCAACGGGCGAAAUCCCGGAGGGCGAAAGGAGAGAGGAUGACGCUUGCCCGGAGUCGACAAACCCACUAUUUGCUACCUCUAUGAAGGCUGAAACCAUGUUGAAGCUGCCAAUAAAGAGCCUGCUGGAGCAGUCGGUAACACGUGAUACGAGUAAUUUCGAACGACGGCGCAACAGGUUCUCGAGCGCUCCGUACAAAAAAAGCUAG